AAUCAUUUGGCUUGAUUGUUCAUUCAACUAAUGCUUUUUUUUCUUCAAUUGGUAUAUAAUAUACACAGAAUCUUUGAUUUUUUUUAAUAAGGAAUAGAAAAUUUCAAGAAGUGAUCCUUUUUCAUGGUUCUCAAGUGAUGCUUGUUGUCUCCAACCUCUUUACAUCUUUGUAUUCCCUUUUGGAAUCCCCUCUGCGGGGGUGGUACAGUAUAUAUAUGCUUAUGCUUGCUAAGUUAAUGUAUAUUCUUGCUUUUUGGUUCUGCAACCUCACAGCUCUUCUCAUGCAUGGAAAAGGUUAAUCCUUUCAAGCAAAGUAUAAAGUUCCGGUGGUGAUCAUGAUGAAAUUAUAAAGUCUAUAUCUGAUGCCCCACCAACGCAUUACAUGGUCAAGAUAGAGUCUUUCUCACUCCUUACAAAGCAUGCUAUAGAGAGAUAUGAAACUGAGAGCUUUGAAGCUGGAGGCUACAAAUGGAAACUUGUUCUGUACCCAAAUGGAAAUAAGAGCAAGAACACGAAAGAUCAUGUUUCUGUUUACUUGGCUCUUGCAGACUCUAGUUCAUUAAGUCCAGGGUGGGAGGUUUGCGCUGUUUUCCGUCUGUAUCUGCUGGAUCAAAACACCGAUAGUUAUUUGAUCCUUCAAGGAAAGGAGAGACGGUUUCAUGCUGUCAAGCGUGAAUGGGGAUUCGAUAAAUUCAUCCCUACCGGUACCUUCUCUGAUGCUUCAAACGGUUACCUCAUAGAAGACACAUGUAUGUUUGGAGCUGAUGUGUUUGUUUCCAAAGAGAGAAGAAGUGGGAGAGGAGAAUGUUUUUCAAUGAUUAAAGAUGCUACUAGCACUAAGCACGUCUGGAAGAUUGAGAAUUUCUCCAAGUUAGACAAAGAAAGCUAUGACUCAAAUGCUUUCUUCGCUGGCGAUAGAAAAUGGAAGAUAAGGUUUUAUCCAACGGGAACAAAGCAAGGAACAGGAACCCAUCUUUCUAUCUAUCUGAUCCUCGUAGAUCCUGAAACCAUUUCAGACGGUACAAAGAUGUUUGCAGAGUUUACAAUACGAAUAUUUGAUCAGUUACAAGGCAGGCACAUUGCUGGGAAAGUUACUAAAUGGUUUAGCCGAUCAAGCUCGGAGAACGGAUGGGUUAAAUAUGUAUCAAUGGUUUAUUUCACGCAACCAAACAGUGGACUGUUGCUCAAAGAUGUCUGUCUCGUUGAAGCUGAUGUAUGCAUUCUUGGAAUCACCAGUGCACUCUAAUCUCGUCAUGUUUGAUCUCAAAAGGUCACAUUUGUGAAUUCUAUAUUAGUUGGACUUUUUAUAUCUAUGUUUGUACUUUACGCCCUGGAAACCCUGAUGAACAAAUCUCUUCGUAGUCGAUUUAAUCAUCUACUAUUAAAUUAUUUGGAUUCCAUCUUCA